AUGAUAAUAGCUAACAUGUAUACAGCGCCUACUGUUUACCAGGCCUUGUGCUGCCCAGUCCCCAGAAGCUUCUCCGCUGUUCCUGGUGGGAGCUUCCCUCCUCCUCUGAUGGCUCCAACCUUGCCCACGGAUGCCCUCUGGCAGUACCAGUUCCGCCUUAUCCUUCUGGGCGACUCUACAGUGGGCAAGUCCUCCCUGCUGAGACGUUACACAGAGGGCGUCUUUGUGGACUGCAUCGACCAGACAGUGGGAGUUGAUUUCUAUGUCCACUUUGUGGAAGUGGAGCCUGGAGUCCAGGUGAAGCUGCAGUUCUGGGACACAGCUGGCCAGGAGCGAUUCAGGUCAGUGACUCGGUCUUACUACAGAAACUCAGCAGGUGGGCUGUUGCUGUUCGACGUGGCCAACCGAGCAUCCUUUGAGAACAUUCCCAAAUGGCACCAGGAGGUCAUGGAGAAAGUGAAGCCCUUUGGCAUCAUCUUCCUACUGGUGGGGCACAAGAGCGACCUGGUAGCCGAGAGACAAGUGACCCCUGAGGAGGGAGAGAAGUUGGCCUCCUUGCUGGGAGCCCGCUACGUGGAGACCUCAGCCAAGAGUGAUAGCAACGUCACCUUGGCCAUCCAGCUGCUCACUCGGGACAUCUUUGAGGCUGUGAAGAAGGGGAGCAUGGGCCCGAGCACCGAGUGGGAUGGGGUGAGGAGCCGGGUGCCAGCCCACCCAGGGCAGCAAGAGGCAAAGCACAGAGGUGGGGAAGGGUGGAAAUGUCCAUGCUGGUGACUCACUGAAUGUCACACCGGCUUUCAGAAGUGACAGCUCCCAUCUCCAGCCUUUUACAUGCAUGAAGCAUGGUGCCUGGCCUUUCCUAGAAGGGAGGACCAUUUCCUGUUUGUUUUUUCCUUCCUUCCCUCCCCCUUUCUCACUAAUGCCGGGUACAUCGUGAGCACUUAAAAAAAUGCUUCAUGACUGAUUGAUUUCCAGCAAACUCUCAGUUACCUGGUGGUUGACUUAGCUGCUUCCAGGGUAACUUCUUUCCACAAAUAUUUGCAUUUUCCACAACUUUGAAUAGUCAACUAUACCAAAGGGCACUGUAGAAUCUAAUCAAUUGCUACUCACUAGCUUUGUGCUCCUGGAUGAGUUGCUUCACUUCUUAGCCUUAGUUUUCCUCAUCUGCAAAAUGGGCCUGAUUAAUACCAAUAAGCUAAUUAAUACUUAAAUUAAUAAAAAUAAAGUAAGAUAAUACCUACUUCUCUCAUAGGGUUAUCAUGAAGAUAUGCAACUUCUUGCAAAAGUGAUUGGAUUUAUUAGGUUUCUUGGUCUUUGCUCACUGGCCCUAGUCUUUUUUUAUUUGCUUUUUGGUGAGGCAAUCGGGGUUAAAGUGACUUGCCCAGGGUUACAUAACUAGUAACUGUCAAGUGUCUGAGGCCAAAUUUGAACUUAGGUCCUCCUGACUCCGCCACCUAGCUGCCCCUGGCCCUAGUCUUUAACUGCUAGUUUUCAGACUUGUCUUACCUGCUUAGUAUAUUUCUUUCCUAUUAGCCAUAUAGGAAUGACUUAAUGAGAGGUCCUAUAGAACAUAACAGCCUCAGAAGAUCCCUUCUUCUAGUACUAAUUCUGUGUGACUUUAAAUUUCCCCUUAUUUUUUUGCUGAGGCAAUUGGGGUUAUGACUACCCAAGGUCACACAGUUAGCUACUAAGAGUCAAAUGUCUGAGGCCAGAUUUGAACUCAGGUCUUCCUGACUCCAAGGCCGAUUUCCCCUUAUUCUAAGAAAGGCCCUGUCUCAGUUUUUUCAGCAUUCGCCUUAACUGGGAGCUGGAGUGAAUGACUGACCACGAAUGUUGGAGAGGACAAAGUCGGAGCAUGGCUUAACACAGAUGGCACAAGGUGGGCAGUUUGGAGUUGCCAAUGUGGUGGCGGCCUUCACAGCCUUAGCAGGGCCAGACAGCUUCUUUUUUGCUGUUCCCUGAUGCCCUAAGGCAGGCUCUAACCCAUAAUCAGCCCAGACUGCUAGGCUAGGCCCUGAUCCCAAAGGAGGCAGGGAACCUUGGCUGAACCCUGUUUCCUGGGUUGUUCCAGCCUUGGUGAUCCUGGUCAUAGUAGGCUGCAAUCUUGACUCUCUCAGUUGUGUGUGGCCCUUUGUACCCCAAGAUUUAUUAGGUUUCUUGAUCUCUUCCCGGCCCUAGUCUUAACUGCUAGUUUUUAGACUUCAGUCUUACCUGCUUACUCAGGAUAUGAAACUUCUUUGACAUCAACCUAAUAAAUUCAUGAUGCCAGUUCAAAA